ACAUGAAUAUUUCGUACCUAUUCUUAGCCUCAGUUUUAUCUGAAAGAAUAAGUUUGGAUUUAAGAGAAACAGCAUCUUUAAUUGCUAAUUCAGAAUUUCGAUAUCGAAUAACAACUUCUAUAGUGUGGUGGCAAAACUCAGAUCAAGUGGAUUAUCUGUUAAAUUACCAAGGAUCGGUGAAAACAAUCGACAUAAAUGUACGCUUGAAUCAAUCUAUAGCUUUAGAACAAGCGGUUCUCAUUGUGACAUCUGCUGAGGAAUUCCUUGAAAUUGCGAUUAAUUUGGACAAAAAAAUAACCUCUCCGGGUAAAGUAAUAACACUUUUAACAAACCCAAAUGAACUAAGUGAUAUUACAAAAGCAGCUUGGAAAUAUGAUAUAGCUGAUUUAAUUAUACUAACAAAAGAAAACCAAUCUGUAUCUAUGUACACCUAUUAUCCAUAUAGCAAUAACGUAUGUGGUAAUACAGAUCCUGUUAAAGUUGACUUUAAGAAAGAGUUUUUUCCGAGGAAGUUUAAGAAUCUCUUUGGAUGCGAAACCAGAUUGGGAAGUGUAACAGCUCCCCCGUAUUCUAGAUUAGAAUGUGUCAAUGGCUUGUCUCCAUUCUAUAAAGGAGUUCUUGGUGGUCUGUUGAAGCUUAUAGUUGAGCAUAUGAAUACAACACUUAAAAUUAUAUGUAUUUUAAGCUCAAAUCAAAAAAUGAUUAGUGAUCUUGAACACAAAACGAUUCAUAUUCUCACGGCAGUGAUAUAUAAUCAAGAUUUCUUAGCAACGCAGAACACUCCUGUUUACCACUUCUUUGAGAGUGUUUGGUGUGGUCCUCCCCAACGGGAAAUGUAUACUCAUGUCAAAGUAUUAGUUCCUAUGUUGAGUAACUUUACAGUUUUCCUCUGCGCUACUUAUUUAAUUCUUGUUGUUGUAUUGAAAAUAAUUAACAGGCUUGAACCAUGCAAUAAGACCUCCCACAUGGCUUGGAAGGCUUUUGCGGUUCUGUUAGGACAGAGCUUUCGCUCCGAAUCUAAAUGUUGGCUAAUAAAUUAUCUUUAUAUGCUUUGGUUCUGGUUUAGUUUGGUGUCAAGUAUUUGUUACCAAGGAUUGUUGGUAAAAGGCCUUCAAACGCAAUACCUGGAGCCUCGUUUCGAUAAAAUAGAAAAUGCUAUAAGUUUAGUAGACGGCUACGGAGGUACGAUAAGGCAGAGGAGCGUAUACGAUGGCACACCUGUAUUUGACAAAUUCCAGGUCAAGGAAAUACAUGAAAUGCUUUCAUACCUGACCCCAAUAUCGAGGGGUAAGCGGUUCCUGAUCCUAACACCAAGAUUAAUAUUACUGGGGCACACAUCCUUGCAGAUUUUUGAAGCAGUUAACCAUGUGCCGAUGACGAUGUCUUUGACUCCAAGGUGGGGAGGUGGUGUGGAAAUAAUCUCUUUACAAACUCGACUGAUAGAAGGAGGUUUCUUUGAAAAAAUUCUUAUCGAUGAGAAACUGGCGAUUGAAAGCAAAGAACGUAGGUUACAUGGUUCUUCAGAUUUUCAAUCAGGGCAUUUGGAUUUUAAAACGCUCUCCACGUGCUUCUAUGGUUUGGGAUUGAUGAGUGUGAUAUGUUUUGUUAUAUUUUUAAUAGAGCUGCUAUACCAUUGGCUAGUAACACCCGCAAAAGGAAAGCUUAUGCAAAGUUUAGAUAAAAUUCAUACGGCGUAA